GCCCUCCCUAAGUGGUGGCAAGGACGAGGCGCAGCAAUCUCUCAUGCGCGAGAAAAAGCGGAUCUUGGACAUGAAGGACGACGAGGGCGUGACCGCGCUCAUGAAAGCCGCUGAGCAGGGCGAGGGUGAUGUGGUGCAAAUCCUCGCGGACGAUGGCGCCUCCUUGGACCUGAAAGAUGACGAAGGAUGGGAUGUGCUGAUGUGGGCGGCGCUCAGCGGCCACUUUGAGAUUUGCGAGCUCCUGGUCGGCACUUUUCACAUGUCGCCAGACUAUGCCACCGAGAAAGGAGAGACUGCGUUGAUGAAGGCGGCGGCGAACGGCCAUUGGGACGUGUGCGAGUUCCUGAUUACGGAGGGGGCCAAGGUGAAUCAGCUGGACCAACACCAUCAGACCGCCCUGAUGUGGGCGGCUUCGGAGGGGCACUUGGCGACGGUCACCGGCCUGGCGAAGAAGGAUGCCAAGGUGGAUCAGGUCACAAAGCAGGGCAA